UCCCUUUUUUUUCUUUUGCACUCAGCAUCAGUAGUUCUUUUAUGAGUUUAUGACAGGCACCUGAUUAGAGACAAUAAAAACUCCUAUAUAAACACAGACCUUCGUUCUGGUAAACACUGACAGGCCGGGUGACGAACAUUAAGGAAACCACCACAAGAUGAGGGUUUUGGUCAUUGCUGCUGCUUUUCUGGCUGUUGCCAGCGCUGCCAGUCUUUCUCUGGAGGACUUGGAGUUUCACGCAUGGAAAAUGAAAUUUGGUAAGAUCUACCGUUCUGUGGAGGAAGAGUCUCAGCGUAAGCAGACCUGGAUGUCCAAUCGCAAACUGGUUUUGGUCCACAACAUGAUGGCAGAUCAGGGCAUCAAAUCCUACAGGCUUGGCAUGACAUACUUUGCUGACAUGAGCAACGAGGAAUACAGGCAGGUGGUGUUCCGUGGAUGCCUGGGCUCCAUGAAUAACACUAAGGCCCGUGGUGGUGCUACCUUCUUCCGGCUGAAGGAUGCUGUUGUGCUGCCCAGUUCUGUGGACUGGAGGGACAAGGGCUAUGUGACUGAUGUUAAAGACCAGAAAGAUUGUGGAUCAUGCUGGGCUUUCAGUACAACUGGUUCCCUGGAGGGUCAGACAUUCAAGAAGACAGGAAAACUGGUGUCUCUGAGUGAGCAGCAGCUGGUGGACUGCUCUGGUUCUUUUGGGAACAUGGGCUGUGGUGGAGGACUAAUGGACCAGGCCUUCCAGUACAUUAAAGCCAACGGGGGUCUGGAUACAGAGGAGUCCUACCCAUAUGAGGCCAUUGACGAUACGUGCCGCUUUAACCCGAGCACUGUGGGAGCCACCUGCACAGGAUAUGUUGAUAUCACCAGUGGGGAUGAAAGUGCACUACAGGAGGCUGUUGCCACAAUCGGCCCUGUAUCUGUCGCCAUCGACGCUGGACACAGCAGCUUUCAGCUCUAUGAAUCCGGUGUCUACAAUGAGCCUGAUUGCAGCAGCUCUGACUUAGAUCAUGGUGUCUUGGCUGUUGGAUACGGAAGUUCAAGUGGAGAGGACUAUUGGAUCGUCAAGAACAGCUGGGGUCUUGACUGGGGUAACAAGGGCUACAUCCUGAUGUCCAGGAACAAGAACAACCAGUGUGGCAUCGCUACUGCAUCCAGUUACCCUCUGGUUUGCCGGGUGACUGACAUCAAGGAAAUGUAUAUACUACAUACCAUCAAGUACUCAGGUUUAACCAGAUUUAAAAACAAAUGCUUUUGGAGGAAAAAUGUGGGGGAGGGCGACAGAAGAAACGAAACAGUGACGUUAGACAGUCAGUUCUGUUUUAUCUCGUGCAGUUUUUGUUCAACCUCACACUCGUGUCUUUCUCUGUACAGGAUGAGGGUUUUGGUCGUUGCUGCUGCUUUUCUGGCUGUUGCCAGCGCUGCCAGUCUUUCUCUGGAGGACUUGGAGUUUCACGCAUGGAAAAUGAAAUUUGGUAAGAUCUACCGUUCUGUGGAGGAAGAGUCUCAGCGUAAGCAGACCUGGAUGUCCAAUCGCAAACUGGUUUUGGUCCACAACAUGAUGGCAGAUCAGGGCAUCAAAUCCUACAGGCUUGGCAUGACAUACUUUGCUGACAUGAGCAACGAGGAAUACAGGCAGGUGGUGUUCCGUGGAUGCCUGGGCUCCAUGAAUAACACUAAGGCCCGUGGUGGUGCUACCUUCUUCCGGCUGAAGGAUGCUGUUGUGCUGCCCAGUUCUGUGGACUGGAGGGACAAGGGCUAUGUGACUGAUGUUAAAGACCAGGAGCAGUGUGGAUCAUGCUGGGCUUUCAGUGCAACCGGUGCCCUGGAGGGUCAGACAUUCAAGAAGACAGGAAAACUGGUGUCUCUGAGUGAGCAGCAGCUGGUGGACUGCUCUGGUUCUUUUGGGAACAUGGGCUGUGGUGGAGGACUAAUGGACCAGGCCUUCCAGUACAUUAAAGCCAACGGGGGUCUGGAUACAGAGGAGUCCUACCCAUAUGAGGCCAUUGACGAUACGUGCCGCUUUAACCCGAGCACUGUGGGAGCCACCUGCACAGGAUAUGUUGAUAUCACCAGUGGGGAUGAAAGUGCACUACAGGAGGCUGUUGCCACAAUCGGCCCUGUAUCUGUCGCCAUCGACGCUGGACACAGCAGCUUUCAGCUCUAUGAAUCCGGUGUCUACAAUGAGCCUGAUUGCAGCAGCUCUGACUUAGAUCAUGGUGUCUUGGCUGUUGGAUACGGAAGUUCAAGUGGAGAGGACUAUUGGAUCGUCAAGAACAGCUGGGGUCUUGACUGGGGUAACAAGGGCUACAUCCUGAUGUCCAGGAACAAGAACAACCAGUGUGGCAUCGCUACUGCAUCCAGUUACCCUCUGGUUUAAAGAGAAAGGUCAGCAUGAACCUGAUGCAAAUAGGUUAAAGAAGAAUGUGAACCGUUGAAUGAUUCUACAGCAAUACCUCAAAAUCAUACAUGUAUUCAGCCAGGUCUCAUGAAAAUGCUUGUGAAUCAUACACCAAAAAAACCCGAAAACUCGUUGUAUCGAUACGCAAAAAUGGACUUCGCCGUAUAUGAGACGUGUGUAUCUGGCGUGCAUAUGAUUCACAUCUAGCCCACAACCCCAAACAUCUACUGUAUAACACGAGUUUUCGUUUUUAUUCGGCGUACUAUUUAUACAAACAUUCAUGAGAUCGGGUAACUUAAUUUUAAUUACAGUUUUAAACAUUUUAAUAAAUUGACCUCAGAUGUUCUUAAUUUCAAAUCCACUAACAACAAAAACACGGUUUUUAAGAAAUAAAAAUGUGAAAAAAAAGAACUGGGGUUUAUACUUAUCGUCAUACGUAAAAUUCUCAACCUUUUGGUUGUUUAGUCUAUUAAUUCUACUUAAUAAUUCAUAAACAGCAAUGUUCAGUAAAGUGUCUGUUAAAAGACACUAAAAUACCAACGUGAUAAAGUGUUUGGGUAGAUAUAAUGAGACACGAGACACGGAGGCCUUAUUUGUUUCAUGUAUCAUUUACAGUUAAAAAGAGUUAUAAAUCUAUCGUUAUUAUACAUUAAUAAACAAUUAUUUGUGGGUA